GAACCUAUUAUUUAAUUCUAUUUAACUUGUCCAGACAAAAUUUCUCGUGACCGGACACACCACACAUCACAACAUAACACAAACAUUGCUUUCUUUUCCCAUCGCCAUAUUAGGGUUUCAAACUUCCACUUUCCCUUUCUUCCCUCUCAUCUUUCAUAUCUCAUUUGCCUUCAAUUCAUGCUUUUGAUUUUCGCUUUCUUUCUCCAAUUCGCCUAAUUCCACCAUAUCGUGCGACGCGGUAUAUUGGAAUCUCACCUGGGUUCUAAUUGAUGCAUUCACACCGUUAGCAGUUGGGUUCCAAUUCCAAGAUGAGCAAUUCUCACUCUGAAAAUCAUGAUGAAGCAACUGUGGUGGGAUUUGAAGUUCCAAAAUCACCUGAAUCCAGUUACAACAAUGUCUACCCUGGAAAUGAAGAUGAAGCAAGGGAUCCGCCUAUGGUGCCUUCACAUUUGCAACACACUUUGCUCAAUUAUCAUUCUACCAGAGACACUGCAGGAACAGUUCCAUUGCCUCAGAAUGUGAUUCUAAAUCAUCUUUACAUCGAGAAUAGAGAGUCCCCAAGAUCUGUGGUGGCUUUGGGAUUCACUCAUCGUUUCCGUUCUAAAUAUGUUACAGUCGUGCUUUACAAACCAGUCCAAAGAAGGGGAAAUACAGGUGUUUAAUGUUCAUAUUCCAAACCUUAAUCACCCACCACUGUUUGUAAUGAUUUAUUGUAGACUCAAUAUUCCAAUUACUGGAAAUGAUAUUUUAAUGAACUUAAGUAGAUUAUUUCUUGAUAA